AUGGCCAAGUCCAAAAUCGAAGAUGUCGAUUUGUACGCUAUUCUCGACAUCCAAAUUACAGCUACUGAUUCAGAGAUCAAAAAGGCAUACCGUAAGAAAGCACUUCAGUGUCAUCCAGAUAAAAACCCUGACAAUCCUAAAGCUGCGGAAACUUUUCACGAACUAUCACAUGCUCUAGAAAUAUUGACAGACAAAGCAGCACGCGCUGCCUACGACAAAGUAUUAAAAGCUAAAGCAGCCGCAAAAUUAAGGCACCAAGAAUUAGACAGUAAAAGGCGGAAACUUAAAGAAGAUUUGGAAAGGAGGGAGCGUGAAGCCGCUGCAGGGUCAAAAGAUAAUUUGACAGAUGAGCAAAAGCUUGCUGAGGAAAUUAAAAGAUUACAGAGGGAAGGAAGUCGACUUUUACAAGAAGAACAACAGAGGAUGAAAGAAGAGAUACAUAAAAGUAUGAAAAAUCUGAGUGAACCGGUGUGGGAUUCAAGUUUAAAUAGAAUAAAAAUUAGUUGGAAAGCUGAGAAAAGUGAUCCCGAUAACGGUGGUUACAAUGAAACUAAUUUAAGGACAUUCCUAAAGAAAUAUGGAACGAUCACAGCAUUGAUUAUGUCACCAGCUAAAAAGGGCAGUGCGCUAGUUGAAUUUGGAACAAAGGAAGCAUCGGAAAUGGCAGUAGAGUUUGAAAAAGGUCUUCAAGAUAAUCCUCUCACAUUGAAAUGGCUACACAAAAAGCCGAUAUUAAAAACCAAGAAAGAUUUACAAUAUACAAAUACCCUCGUUACUGACAGGGAUUAUGAAUCUCUUGUGUUGACUAAGAUGAGGCAAGCUGCGGAAAGACAGAGAUUAAUAGAGGAAAUGUUGAAAGAAGAUGAAGUAAAUAAAUAA